UUGGGGACAUUGAGGGGGACAUUGGGGACACACGGGGGUCCCGUUGGGGACACGGAGGGCCACCAAGGAGGGGCGGCCAUGCUGGGGGUGACGAGGCCGUGACGCGUCCUCUUGGCGAUGGCUUCGUCCCCUCCUCCCGGGCCGAGCGGCUGCGCCCGUCACGCACUUCCUCGUCCCCACGGUGUCCCCACGGUGUCCCCAAGGUGUCCCCAAGGUGUCCUCGAGGUGUCCCCAAGGUGUCCUCAAGGUGUCCCCGAGGCCAUCCAUGGCGUCAUCUCAGGACAGAAGCGCCAUUGUCCCCAAAGAGGUGUCCCCGGAGCUCUUUGAACCCCUGGUGACCGUGGUGGCCACUUUGGGUGUCCUGGGAGCCACCUCAGGUGACAUCGUGGUGGCCGGGUCACAGCGCUCGCUACGAGCCGGGCUGGUGGCCCUCGUUGCCACCAUCAAGCGGGCCAUGAGCCACCCUCACGGCGAGGCCACCACCCUCCGCCGCGCCUUGGCCACCGCGGGGGACGCUUGGGCCACCGUGGCCACCGUCACCCGCAAGUGGCGCGAGGCGGUGGCCGUGGUGGCCACCGCUUGGGCCACCGUGGAAGGCGACGCGGUGGCCCUGAGGGAAGCCUGUGGGCUUGUGGCCACCACGGUGGCCACCACGGGGGUCACCAUGGGCCACUUGCUAGCGGCGGUGGACCAGGAAGGCAGAGCAAAGCAGGAGCUGCUGGUGGCCACCCGGGAGCUGCCGUUGGCCGCUGAGUUGGCUUCGGGGACCUCCGAGGUGGCAACUCACAGGGCACGAGUGGUUCAGGCCAGCGAAGGGCUGCAGGCGGCCACCGAGGCCACCGAGAAGACGGCGGUGGCCAUGGUGGAGACGGCAGAGGUCAAGGAGAGGGGACAGCGAGCGGCGAUGGCCCAAGGAGCCCUGGGACGCUUGGUGGCAGCUUGCCACGGGGCCACCAGCUUCUACCGUCACCUGCAGCACCUUCUCGAGGACAUCGAGGCCACCGUGGCUACCGUGCGUGGUAGCCCUGAAGCUCCUGAGGUGGCCCAAGAAGGUCUUGGGGUCCCCAAGGACCUGAUGGCCGCGGUGGCAACGGCCGAGACGCUGUGGAACACCAGCGCUCUCCUGGCCAAGGGUCACCUCCUGGAGCCACUGAGGAUGACCCGGGGGCUGCUGGUCACUCUCGGUGUCCCCAAUGCCACCGUGGCCACCACCGUAGCCCAACGCUGCCACGAUGCCACCGCCGCCAUCCCAGGGCUGCUGGCACGGGGGCAGCAGUAAGGGGGUGGUGGCUUCGUUGGGGACCAAUGGCUUUGUUGGGGACCAAAAGCUUUGUUGGGGACCAAUGGCUUUGUUGGGGACCAAGAGCUUCGCUGGGGACCAAGAGCUUC